AUGUCGGAUAUCGACCAGGACCCAAACCGGGUCGCCAUUGCAUUUAUUGAGUACUAUUAUAAUCUCAUCCACUCGGGCACGGAAAACCUGUACCAACUGUACUCGCAGAAUGCCGUUCUCAGACACGGGGACUACAAAGCUCCGUUGAGCGCAGAUGUCGUGGCUGUUGAGGGCCCGGCAGAGAUCAAGGCUCACUGGAACAAGUCGAAGCUUGCAGGCUCGAAGGUGAUGAUCCAGUCGAUAGAUGCCUCGAAGUCGUUCCAGGACUCGAUUUUGAUCGUUUGUGUGGGGGAACUGGCUCCCAAGAGCAGUCACGACACAGAGUCUGUGGCAUAUAAGUUCGUGCAGACUUUUCUACUCGUUCCUACCGUCAAGCGCAGCGUCUACGACGUGUACAACGACGUGCUGAAUUUCCUGCCCGACGUCGACUCGAACUACGAUCCUGAGCCGGAGUCUGCGACGGAGACCCCGGACAGCGCAGAGAAGGGCGAGGUGUUUUCCGUGCAAAGCAAGGAGACUACUCCGGAGACCGGCGAGGGCGAAGAAGAGGAGCCAGAACAGCCGGAGAGGCAGCCAGAACGGCCUGUUGCGUCGAAGCCAAUGAGCUGGGCUGACCAGAUCGCAUCUGCGGCAGCCAAGAAGGUGGAGGCGAAGAAGACGAAGGAGUCCAAGGAGUCCAAGGAGGAAAAGAGAGAAAGAAGAGAGGACAAAAAGGAGGACGAGAAAAAGGAGGAUAAGAAGGACAAGAAGGAGGAAGAGGAGUUCAGGAAACAUAAGAGCCAGAUGGUCAACAAGAAGGGCCAGGUUGUGUAUCCGAUUUACGUCAAGGGUGUUACCAGUGCGAUUACUGACGAGGAGCUGCAGAAACACCUCGAAGAGAAUUUCGGCAACGUCGACCUGUGCAAGAUUGACCGGAUGAUCGCUCUGGUGAACUUCACGGAGCAGAGCUCGCAGAAGAAGGCCAUCAAGACGGGCACAAUCCAGGUCAAGGGAGUUGAAAUUAAAUUGGAGCCACGGGCAAAAAAAGACACUGCUCCAGUGGUGGCCAAGAAGAAGCGGAAGGGAGGCAAGAACGGCGGGGUCAGCGAGGACGGGUUCAGAAAGGUGGGGAAAUAG